AUGCAUGGAAGUGUAGACGAAGUAUGCGCAGCUUUGGACAAAUUCACGCUGCGAAGCUUAGAGUUGAUGGAAGAAAAAGUGUCUGUGACGCUGCAGAUGGAAGAGAUAUUAAGAGAUGGUCACAUUGAAUUAGCAAAAUCCCGAUAUAUUCGAGGUAUGGAAAAUAUUGGAAUGUUGCAAGUACCUACUGAAGCAGGCCAGUUUGAAUCACUGUUCAAGGUUCAAACAGAACUGGAUGAGGAAAGCAUUCCACAGUUUGAUGUAAUUAAUAGGAAACAUAAUGAUGAAGGUAAAGAAAUUCCAGAUCCAAUUAAGUGGUUCGGAGUUCUUGUUCCACAAAAUCUACGCAAUGCACAAAAACGCUUUCAGGCAACUGCGCAGUUGAGUAGUAAGUGCGGUAAUAUUCGUACAGAGAUUAUAUCUACCACGGAAAAACUAAAUGAAUUAAAACGCAUUAAAAAAAAUAUAUCCAAAUAAGAUGAAGAGUUUGUACAUUUGUACAGACAUUACAUUGUAAAGUAAUAAAUAACCCUGAUUACACCAAUAACCUGAAUAACCUGAAUAACCAACACCUAUUGGUUCCUGCGCUAAACUACUUGAGAAAAAUAAUAGCUCAUCUCAGGAAGUCUACCUAUAAGUAAGAAAGUAAAAUCGAACCAUACAACCAAACAUACAAAUUAGAAUAUGUAUGCUUCAUUAUGAAUACCGCUCUGUUUUUCAUAAAGUAUACCUAUGUUGAUAAUCGAAGUAAAAAUUUGAACGACGUACGCUACUUAAACUUUGAUGGUUCUUAAAAUAUAGAAUAAAAAAUUGAGCAAUGUGCGUGAAUUAUGAUGUGUGUAUGGAAUUUCGAUGAUUCUGCACGAUACUGGAUGUAAUAAAUUACAGUACGGUAAUGUAUUAAUUUACACAUUGCAACAAUAAGUAGUAAACAAAUAUCCGAACAGUCGUGUGGAUUAAAGAUAAUAUAUCAUUUUUGUAAUAUGAUACAAAUAAUUUUAAGAAACAAAAAUUAAAUGGAAUCAUGCCAAUAAGAUUGUCAAUUUAUGGUCAGUGAUGGUGUCCGGUUGUAAUCAAAGCUGGUAAUAA